UGGCUGACUGACUGCACACAGCAGAGCAUGAGGCCGGUAGCUUACUGCUUCGCUGCCCUAUGCUAGCUCUCACACACACUCACUGGCUUCUGCUCACCCUGACACACACAUACACUUUCCUCCCUCUCUCACUGUCGCAGACUCACACUGGUUGGUUCCCUCCCAUACUUGCUGCCUCUCUAUUUCCCUCAGUAUCAUACACACGCACACACCCAUGGGAGCACACACACACAGAGUCAGUCACCGGCAACUCUCAUUCAACUCUCUCUCAGCCACGGGUCAGCAGCUCAGACAGGCAACUUGUUUCUAUCCAGCUGGAAAGAGCAGAGCAGCGCAAGGUGCACACCCGCACACGCAUAAAGAUAUACACUCAUCCAUUUGGACUAAACUCAAGAAUUACACUCAUGUUUAUCCUUAAACAUCCUUGGACUGUAUCUACAGACCACUGAAGAAGACUUCAGUUCAGGGAGGCACCAGAAGGAUCAGAAUCAAAGAUGGACUUGAGAGAGUGGACUUCAUGUCAGGAGCUGAAUGAGUGAUUUCAAAGCUGAAGAUGACAACCAGAGAGACUUGCUUUCAACCCAAAGUGGAGACUGACUAUCAGUGACAUCCAGAGGAUCUGUUGUGAUUACCAUUCCCCUCCCUUCGCUGUCCAGGACUCCCACCCUCCACACUGACAUCUCUUGAUCACCAGCAUGCCUACAGCUUGCACAAGGUGCACCUUGGGAGCCUAACCCACCAUGUGCAGAUGGAUGACAUCCGCAGCUCAUCUUUGCCCUGAACUUACCCUCAGAACAGCCACCACUGCCUCCUUCACUGGGACGCUCAUCCCCCAGCCCAGUGCAUCCUCCUUUGCCCUGGUAUGCCUCACCCUGCUCUUGGUCACCGCUGGCAGCGGAGCCUGUCCUUCUCGAGCAGGGCAUGAACCCCUUCAGGGGCUGGGGAGUGGCACCAACUGUUCAUGGACUUUGGAAAGGCACACUCGUAGUUACAAUCACCUGGAAGGUGACGUCAGACUGCGGCGGCUUUAUUCUGCCAACAAGUUCUUCCUCUGCAUUGACAAAACAGGAAAAGUGGAUGGCACCAGGCGAAAAAACUAUGCCGACAGCUUGAUGGAAAUCCGAUCUGUCAGUGUGGGAGUUGUUGCCAUCAAAUCUGUCAAUACCGGCCUGUACUUAGCAAUGUCCAAGAAAGGCACACUCUUUGGAUCGGUGACGUACAGCCCAAGCUGCAAGUUCAAAGAACGCAUUGAGGAAAACGGCUACAACACGUACGCCUCGCUUCGCUGGAAGCACGGCGGCAGGCAGAUGUUUGUUUCGCUGAAUGGACGCGGGAAACCACGGCGAGGUCACAAGGCUCGGCGAAGGCACCCGUCCACUCACUUCCUGCCCAUGCUUCCCUCCUAGGCAUGUCUGAACUCGUCCAGGCAGCUGCCUGGCUCACCUGCCCCCUCACAUUAGUACUGAUCUAGAUGUGACAACAAUCUUUCUGUUUUAUUUAUCCAUCCUCAUGUUGCAUAAAUGUACAUUUCCUGAGCUCUGUAACAUUUUAGAGUUAGAAUAUCUGCUUCUUAAGUUAUUUUCUGCAUAUUUCAAUGAGGUUAAUAUAAUACAGUGCAGUCCGACAAAAGGAAAAAAAUAGUGUGUUUUUCUUCACAGUUUCCACAUUUGGGUGUGUGUGUGUGUGUGUGAAAACUGCAUCGAAAGAUGUGAGAGGCAUUAUGUCUACAGAUAGGUAUUAAGAAAAAGAGCAAUUAGAAAAUUGUUUUAAAUCAGAGUGAAAGGUGAAGACACUGGGGUUUUGCUCUUUUCAUUUUCAAGCAGGUUCGAAGAUAUCAAAAUCUUAAACCAUACACAUCAUUCAGUUUUAGGGUUUAUCACAGAUUAUGUGAACAACCUUCAGAUUAAGAUUAUGUGAAACAAUAAUAGUCACUUCUGUAAACUAAUUGAAGACAUAAAAUUCAAAUUAAAUAAAAAACUAAAUAAAACAACAAAUAAAAAAAUGUGAAAAUAUGUUGCAUAACAUCAUAAGGUGCAAAAUAAUCCUACAGUACAUAUUGCAUAUAGUAGUAGUUUACUGUGUUAAGCACUACUUCAUAUAUUGGUGAAACGUUGUAUUAAACCAUUUUUAUGUUGAAUUGGGUAUUUCUUACUUUAUAAGUCAAAUCACAGUUUAAAAAGAGGAAUGAGUUGAAUCUAAGAGGUCAUGGGGAAAAAAAAUCUGACAGUAGGGGUCUGGUGCUGGCCAUUUUGCCCCUUUGUUAUUUCAUGUGUUUUUAGUUUUGUUGAUUUAAAAAAGAAAGAAAUGGUGUAAAACAGAACAUCUUCCAUGGGAUGUUUCAUACUGACCCUACAUCUAUUUGUUCUCCAAAGGGAUAUUUUCUACCAUGCUUGGGCCAUUUUAUUUGUGAAAUAUAACAGAUCAUGAUCCCUAAUCAAACUAAAAUACUCAAAUAACUUCAAUUCAACAUGCUUCGUUGCAUGACUUUGAGUAUAUAAUAGAAAAUUACUUUUAAUAAUGAAAUUUAAAAGAGGGUGCCAAACAUCCCCAAAGUGGGUACGGUUUGAUGCACGGUUGGUACAGAGCAUACAAUCCUAUUUUGUAUCCUAAAAAGUCAUGAAGAAUUGCAAAAGCGUUAAAUCAUGAGCUGAUAUCAUUUAAUACCCUUUGUAUACGUCUGUGUAUUUCUGUCAGACCUCAUCUAACUCUCAGCCAAUAGAUGAUAGUUUAAAAGGCAGGAACAUAAACCACACAGCAUGUCCCUAACUUGCUGGUACUGUACAUGUUUGUGCUGCAACACAAACAUGGUAUUCCAUAUGGAGCAGACUCCAUAAACCAUAUACCACCAUAAACAUUCAAGCUGAGUAGUAAAUAGUUUAAUCCAUACUGCCUCUCUGUAAAGACUUGCUAACCCUAGAAAACACAACUGUUGCUGAUAGAACAUUUAAUAUAUUUAACACUAUUCUUACUCUUUAACUCUUAAAGUUGAUGUAUAUUGUUAUUUUUGACUCUUUUGUUGGACUCCAAGCAAAAUAGCUAUAUUCAAGUUUUAUGUUUGGCUCAGUUUGUAUGAUAUUACUGCUGGAUAUUGGUACAUUAGUGAUCCACUUACUGUAUGAAGCACAGCUUAUUGGUCAGUUGUAUGUAAAGUUGCAUCCUUAGAAAACAAUCCUAAAAUCCAUCUAAGCUAAGUCAUUUGAGUGCCUUUGUGCAAGAUGAGUUUGGUAAACCUAAAUAAAAUCUGCAAAACUCA